UUCAUCAACCACACUAUCCACUCUUCUCAGCCGGCUUGGAAUUCCAUGGCGUCCGAUUCUAAGGAAAUCGUUGGAGCUGAACCAGCGAAGCUGAAACUCUAUAGCUACUGGCGCAGCUCGUGCUCCCAGCGCGUUCGUAUCGCUCUCAAUCUCAAAGGUUUGGAUUAUGAGUAUGAGACAGUGAAUCUUUUGAAAGAUGAGCAAUUUGAUCCUGAGUUUGAGAAGCUUAAUCCCAUUAAGUAUGUACCCUCAUUGGUGGAUGGAGACGUUGUUGUUGGUGAUUCUUUAGCGAUCAUUCUUUAUUUGGAAGAUAAGUACCCUCAACAUCCAUUGCUUCCCAAGGAUCUUAAAAAGAAGGCUCUUAAUCUCCAGGUGGCAAACAUUGUUGGUUCAAGCAUUCAACCCCUUCAAAAUCUCUCUAUACUAAAGUUCAUUGAAACUAAAUUUGAUGCUGAUGAGAAACUUAAGUGGGUUCAACAUUACAUUGUGCAAAAGGCUUUUUCUGCUCUGGAGAAGCUUCUAAAGGAUGUUCCUGGAAAAUAUACUACAGGAGAUGAAGUCCUACUGGCGGAUGUGUUUUUGGCUCCACAAAUUGAUGCAGGGGUAGCAAGGUUCAGAAUUGACAUGACUGAAUACCCAAGACUAGCCAGAGCUCAUGCUGCAUAUAGUGAGCUUCCUGCAUUCCAAGCUGCUCUUCCAGAAAGGCAGCCAGAUUAUCCUACUUGA